CACGAAAAGCAUCAACAGUGGGUUUACGACGAACAGGUCCGGAACCUUCUGCAGGGCCGUUAGUGCCGACUGCCAAGAUGGCCGUCCUUUCGGAGAAGCGUCAUGCUUCUCUCAAGACUUAUUCUAAACGUGCCAAUAACCCUAAGAUUACAUCUCAUGGGAUAGAUAAGUCAGUGAAGAAGACACAUGACAAAGCGGAAUUACUUCGGACUGCAGAUCUACAAAAGCCUUCCCCUCAUCACAAGCAAAUUGACUCGGAGACAACAGAGGAAAGACAACAGACAUCACAAUCUGCAUAUUCUUCGCCCUCUCCCAAGAGAUCAUCUGAACUACAGAGCCCAGGAGAUUUGGCAUCCCCCUCCGAGGGACGACAAGAAUCAAAAUACUCAGGGGCUCAUUCACCACCUUGCUGGAAAACCAGAGACGAUUCAGCACGUCUAGAGGAGGCUUCGGACUUACCGCCUUCCGGGAUAGGGCGAGAUAAAUCACAAACACUUGUGUUUGUUUUAUCACCUUCUAAGAAAAGACAAUACGAUUCCCAAACUCUCCCACGAGAUGAAUUGCUGCCCACGAAGAAGUUAAAGGGAUCUAUCACGAGCUAUUUCAAGCCAUUGCCUCGAUCUUCGAGUCCGACAACUCGAUCUAGCCACACGUCCUCCGACCCCCUCGAACCUAAUUCCACACCUCCCUCGUCACCACCCUCAAGGGUUGAGAGCCCCAUAACAUACCCACGAAAGUCACAAAAAAGACGACUUACUACGAAAGCAUCUCUCCCAACAAUCACCAUGUCUUCCAAUAACCAACCUGGUACAGAUGAGGGUGAGAAUAGGACAAGAUUGACGGAUCUGGCUACAGGUGCCUCCGAUUCAAAUGGAAUCGAGCUUGCUGAACUGGCAUUGGACUCGUCCUUCAUUGAUGCUCGCCCAGCAGACCUGAAGGAUGUCACCAGCCAGGCUGGAGCCAGUCUCAAUGCUCGAAGCCGAACGACCUCGGAUUGUUCGAUUGCCCCCAAUAUCGAGAAUAACAUGUCUCGCGAUACGUCUGUCGCUGUUUCAAUUGCUGUCCCGAGCCUCCCAAGCCAGCCAGUCCCAAUCCCCCCUCGCAAGAAACACGCGUUUAGACAGCUGCAUUUCGACACCCAUGAACGUGAUGAGUGGAUCCAAUGCAAGGAAUGCGACAAAUAUUACGAUCCGACCAGCAAAAAAAGCAAGGAAUGGCAUGAGAUUCAGCAUAAGAAGCGUCUCCAUGCAAAAGUUACGAAGAAAGAGAUCUCGACGGAUAUUCUAGCGGAGUGGACCAUUGAUGAUAAGAAGCACCGUAUCGUUGUUGUUGACCGCAAGCAAUUUAUUGCAGUUCGUAGUCAUGCUCAGGCGGCUCUGGGUGCCACUACUCAGAAUCUUGGUCCAAUCCUCGUUGAUAAGAUGGAGCUUUGGAGCGAGAUCCCCGAUCCUCACUCUGUUCAUUCAACCACUGCACGAGUCCCCCGAUUUCGAGUCUUCAUUCACUAUAUCGAUGACGAGGUUGUGUCGGUUGUCCUCGCUGAACGCAUUCGAGAGGGUCGCGCUUAUUACGCCAGCAAAUCAACUCAUAAUGGUGUAGGCCAGGUCUACGGAGAGGGUGGCUAUGUGAAGUCUCUGGUUGGUAUGAGCUUUGAUACCAAGUAUCAAGUCUGGGUCUCCAUCGAGCGCAUCUGGGUCCGUGAAGGCCAUCGACGGAUGGGUUACGCCACGAAGAUGGUCGAUCUUGUUCGCGAGAACUUCAUCCGCGGCAUGCCGCUGGCUAAGAACCAGAUUGCCUUCUCCUGGCCCUUUGAGAAUGGAGUGGCAUUUGCAACCGAAUACUGUCGUGGUGCCUUCGGCGAUGCUCCUUUUCUUGUUAACUCGGACGAAAUUAGGCGUUGAGCGGGACUGUGUAUAUGGAAUGGUCUACGAUCUGAGGUAGUUUGCCCAUGGGGGUGGAUUUCACAUGCAUACAAGGCGCGGGCAAUGGUUUGAACUUUCAACAGAAGUCUGGGAAAUGGAAAUUGAAAUGGCGCUUCUGGAUGACUUUAUGAUACCCAUAUCGGAAGCGAUGAUCAGAAUAGCGAAUAGAAUAAGAAGUUAUAACCAAAGUCGAUGG